AUGUUGUCGCGGUCCUCCCUCAGCCGAAAUGCGCCCCGUGCGCUCUCCGCCGGCCGUCGGGCUAUGGCUUCUGCUGCCAACCCAACCUUCCAGUACGAUGUCUCCGAGGCUGCUGGUGUGAAGGUCGCCAACCGUGAGGUCCAGGGUGCUACCGGUACUCUGGCCCUGGUGGCCAAGGCUGGCUCCCGCUACCAGCCCUUCCCUGGCUUCUCCGAUGCCCUCGAGAAGUUCGCCUUCAAGACCACACUCAAGCGUUCAGCACUGCGCAUCACUCGUGAGGUUGAGCUGCUGGGCGGCGAGAUCUCGGCGACACACUCGCGCGAAAACGUCGUUCUCCGCGCCAAGUUCCUUGCCAAUGACCUUCCAUACUUCACAGAGCUCCUGGCUGAGGCUGCCAGCCAAACCAAGUUCUCCGACCACGAAUUGAACGAGGUUGUCGCCACACUUCUGAAGUACCAGCAGCAGGCUGUCUACUCCAGCCCCGAGACCGUUGCCCUCGAUGCCGCCCACGGCGUUGCCUUCCACCGCGGUCUGGGUGCCCCCAUCACUCCCAGCCAGACCACCCCCUACGAGAAGUACCUGUCCGGCGACGCCCUGGCUCAAUUCGCCCAGGACGCCUACGCCAAGUCCAACGUUGCUCUGGUCUCCACUGGUCCCAACUCCGCUGAUGUCUCCAAGUGGGUUGGCCAGUUCUUCAAGGAUCUCCCUGCUGGCAGCUCUUCCAGCCAGUACAAGGUCCAGCCCAGCCAGGCCAGCAAGUACUUCGGUGGUGAGCAGCGCAUCCCCUCCAAGAACGGCAACGCCGUCGUGAUUGCCUUCCCCGGUUCCAGCGCUUUCGGUACCGCUGGCUACAAGGCCGAGGCUUCCGUCCUGGCUGCUCUGCUGGGCGGCGAGUCCUCCAUCAAGUGGACCCCUGGUUUCUCUCUGCUUUCCAAGGCUACCCAGGGCUUCUCUUUCCUCAACGUCUCCACCAAGAACCACGCUUACUCCGAUGCUGGUCUCUUCACCGUCACCCUCUCCGGUGCCGCUGAUCAGGUUGGUGCCGCUAGCAAGAACGUCGUCGAUGCCCUCAAGAAGGCCGCCGCCGGUGAGGUUUCCAGCGAGGACAUCAAGAAGGCCGCCGCUCUGGCCAAGUUCCGCGCUCUUGAGUCUGUCCAGACUCUCGACACUGGUCUUGAGGCCACUGGCUCCGGCCUCGUCCACGGUAGCAAGGCUUACCAGAUUGGCGAGAUUGCCCAAGCUCUUGAGAACGUCUCUGAGGAGCAGGUCAAGGAGGUCGCCAAGUCCUUCCUUUCCGGCAAGGCCAGCCUUGUCAGCGUUGGCGACAUCCACCAGCUCCCAUACGCCGAGGACCUGGGUCUGUCUGCUUAA